CAUUUGUUAGAUAUAAGUAGGUGGAUCCUCCAAACAAGUUUGUCUUCGCUCCCCAGUCGUUCCUUGUUGGUCUAUCCAGUUUCUAGUCCUGUCAUCUUCUAGUCAUAAUGAAGUCACUCAUUCUCUUUUCCCUUCCUUUGCUGGCUUCGGCUGCGCCGGCUAGCAAUCCCCAGAGCAAACGGCAGCUCAGCGGUCUCCUCAGCAUGUUCUUGGAUACUCUCCCCGUCGUCAACAGUACCGAAGAGACCCCUGUCAUCCGACCCGACGCAAAGCGCACCGUCAUCACCUGGGGGCCUAUCACGAUGCUUCCUGGCAACGCUGAUAAGCCCUUCGGAACCAUCUCUAUGGACCCACGAGGCGAGACGUUCAUGUCAGUCCUGAAUGAGGGCUUCCCAAAGGACGCGUCUGUCCUCUUUGGGCAGAUCAAACUCACGUCGGCCAAUGGCGAGCCUAUUGGAGUCGAGACCGGUGUGUACACCCACCACAUGCUGUCGUUCACGAACAAGGAGAGCACUUCUUGGGUCGCGGAGUGUGAUACGCCGACGAUUGACCCUAAUGCUAAGCCUGCUUCGGGUUUAACGGACUUUUUUGCCGGUUUAGGCAGUUUAGGUAGUUCAGGCGGUCCGUCUUGGUUGUCUAUAUUUGGUGGCUCAGGUGAUGAUGGUGGCUCCUCUGAAUUGGCAGGACUCUUUGGAGCAUCAAGCACUGAUGAGGCCACUGGUUCAGGGUCGGCUACCACACCCACGUCAUCUUCUGCGGGAGCAGCAUCUGAUGAACACAGUCAUUCUCACCGCCGACGCCAGCUUGGUAUCCUUCCGGGUUCCCCCUUCCUCAUGGUUGGUGAGGAUAGUGGCAACGCCCCGGUUUACUACUCAGACAAGGAUGGAAAGUUCGAGAGCGGUUACUAUCUCCCUGCUGAUGCGAUGAUCACCAUUCAGUCAGACCUUGUCAACUACAAGGACGAACCGCAAGAGGUGUACUUGUCCAUGAAUUUGGAGUACAUGCCGGGGAAAAUUGGCCCCGACACGAAGACUAAGUUGAUGAGCGUCGCUGGCUGCGCGGGCCGUGAGAUCAAACUUGACACUGCCGGUGAGUCGCGGACGACGAGCGACAAAUUCGCAAUCUAUGAAGACGGAUACAUCAUCAAUGGGAAGGGCCACUUGCACGACGGCGGAGUCUCGAUGAUUCUCCUCGUUAACGAUAAGGAGGUGUGCACCAGCAAAGCCACAUAUGGUGGCGCUAGCGGCACCAUGGAGCUCAACGGCGAGAAAUGGGAGACCAUCUCUAAUAUGACCCGGUGCGCGGAGCCAAUUCCUGUCAAGAAAGGAGACUACAUCACCAUGACGGCCGUCUAUGACCUUAAACUCCACCCUCUGUAAGAUUUUUGUUCUCUUGUUGAUAGAUUCCUCGACCAGUUGGAGCUAACAGGUUUAAACAGCCGAACACAAGGAGCCACUACCGACGGGAUGGAGGGGAUGGGAGGACAUUCACACCGUUCGAGAGAUGAGGGGGCUGGUCACGGCGAUGGUCACGGUGCUGAGGUUAUGGGCAUGUGGGAUCUGACAUUCG